AUGCUCUCAGCUAUGCUCACGAUUUGGAACAGCAGUGAUUGCAGCCCAGCCCUAGAACAACAGAAUCUCUUCGCCUUGGAGAAAAACUCUUCCUUUCUUGCGACGGACAGCUCUCGCUCAAAUUAUCGCCGUGAAACAGGAGUAAAUUAUAAAGAGCACAGCCAGAACCGGGUCAAGAGACCCAUGAACGCGUUCUUCGUAUGGUCUCGAGAUCAGAGGCGCAAGCUGGCUCUGGAGAAUCCGAAAAUGCGAAACUCAGAGAUCAGCAAGCAGCUCGGAUCCCGGUGGAAAAUGCUUACAGAAGACGAAAAACUGCCGUUCUUCCAGGAGGCAAAGUUUUUCGACCCCCCCCCUUUUGUUUUUUUUUUUUGUCCCCCCCCCCCUACUUUUGGACGGUGUAAUCACAUGCUCUCAGCUAUGCUCACGAUUUGGAACAGCAGUGAUUGCAGCCCAGCCCUAGAACAACAGAAUCUCUUCGCCUUGGAGAAAAACUCUUCCUUUCUUGCGACGGACAGCUCUCGCUCAAAUUAUCGCCGUGAAACAGGAGUAAAUUAUAAAGAGCACAGCCAGAACCGGGUCAAGAGACCCAUGAACGCGUUCUUCGUAUGGUCUCGAGAUCAGAGGCGCAAGCUGGCUCUGGAGAAUCCGAAAAUGCGAAACUCAGAGAUCAGCAAGCAGCUCGGAUCCCGGUGGAAAAUGCUUACAGAAGACGAAAAACUGCCGUUCUUCCAGGAGGCACGGAGACUACAGGACGUGCACAGGGAGAAAUACCCGGACUAUAAGUAUCGACCUCGGCGGAAGGUUAAGAAGGGUGGCAGUUUGCUGCCGGUAGACCCUUCUUCAAAAUUGUACAGCGAAAUAAACGUGGAAGAGAGGUUGUACACCCUCACGUAUAGGGACGGCUGUAGUAAAGCCAUAUGCUCACGAGUGGAGCAGUGUUCACAGUCCAGAAACACAGCCAGCUCCCUGCUCCAAGGCGGUUCACAGCAAUUGGAGAAACCUGCGUUAAUUGUCGGGUAA